UGAUACUGGAUUUUUUCAUUGCGAUCGUACUGACAAGCAGAAGCUGGCCUUGCGAGGUAUCUGACACCAAAAGAUCGCCAAUACAUGCCAGCGCGAUGAGCCAAGUUGAGUCAGAAAAUACCAAUCACUACUGCAGAGAAGAACCUUUGACUGGUCAUGAAUUAAGAGAUAUCAAGGACGCAACUGAUCUCUAUCAGUCUGGCUCAUUCAAGCUUCAGAUUGACGCGCUUCUUCCUAAUGUCCGACCUAAAGAGUCUGGUCAACAACAACUCGAUCACUUUCUUUUUUCUCUGCGUGCCCACUGUAUCUCUAUUCCCUCUAUUUCACCUCUGAAUCCUUUGGUAGCUGCAAAAGUUCUUGCUAAGCAAGGUGUCGCAGUUCCAUUUGCGUUUCCUCUCCCAUCUCAAGAUGCCAAAUGGAAAGUUGCAUUUGAACCUCCAAGGGAGUUCUGUGUUGUUGGAAGUUGGGCAAACAAAAUCUCUGUGAAAAAGCAAAGUGGCAGUCGGUUUGGCGUCGACUUGUCUGUGGAGAUGCCCGAGACUCUUUUUCAAGAAAAAGAUUACCUUGAUGGGCGCUUCUUCCACAAGAAGUCCUAUUACCUCGCUGUAUUAGCUCAAUCUAUUUCAACCGCUUUCGAUGUGGACACCUUUUACUCAUCUGCGCUUGGAGAUCCUCGCCUCACCACGUUGGUUCUUAGGCCACGGGAUGGGAGUACAUCUUAUGAUUUUUCCAAAAGUCAUGCUGAAGUUCAUGUCAUCCCUGUCCUUUCGUCAUCGAGUCCAUUAUCGCUAUCAAGGCUCUUCCCAUCACAUGCAAAUGUCCGCGUGCCUUCGUCCUCGUCUCCAUCAACUUUCCCUACACCAAUCUACAACAACACCAUUCUUCUUUCCACAGAUGCGAAAGAAGCUCUCGUGUCCACUCAUGAACUCAAAAAUGCACUACCAGCCUUUCAUGAUGCUUACACCCUUUUAAGAGUGUGGGCUAACCAGCGAGGUUACGGCGAUGGUGAAUUAUGUGUGAGAGGUUUCGAGAGAAAAGGACCGUUUUGGGCCGGACUACUGCGCUAUCUGAGUUCAGGUAACGAGCCUGUUGGCACGAAGAGCGGGAGCGCAAAAUCGAGGAAGCCGCUGGGAAAGGGAUUAAGCUCUUAUCAAUUAUUCAAGGCUGCGCUCGAUUUUCUGGCAAAGCAGAAGUUUGGUGAGACUCCGGUGUUCACAAAGACAAUUAAUGGACAUAAGUGCCCUCCAGAGGAGUACAUUACCCACCACCCAGCCGUAUUCGUGGAUGCAACAUCUACUAUUAACUUUUUGUCUGAUGUUCCUCUCACCUCACUUGACUUGCUAAGUCACGAUGCUAAGGAGACACUGGAGCAAUUAAGCAACCCUGGUACAUCUUCUGACACAUUUGCUGACUGUUUCUUGAGAAGUCGGUUUAAACUCUCCUCUCGCUUUGAUGCGGUGAUCAGAGUGGAUUUGUCGCAAGCUUCCCAGAACCAAUCUACUUUGGCUCUCGUAGAACAUGGAUCUUCUGAUGCAGCCCUUCUGGCCUCUAUUUCAUCCAUCCUGCGCCGAGGUCUUGGCAAUCGAACCCAAGCGAUAGCCAUCCUCCAGCCUGUUACCCCUUACCGCCCCAUAUCCGCCGAAGAAAGUCCCAGCAUAUCCAUGAUCCACAUUGGGCUUAUUUAUGAUCCUGCCCAUGCUUUCCGUCUUGUUGACCACGGACCUUCUGCGGACGACCAAAACUCAAAUGUUGCGAAGGAGUUCCGGCAUCUAUGGGGCAGCCGUGCUGAGCUUCGCCGAUUCAAGGACGCUCGUAUUACGGAGAGUGUGGUUUGGGAAGUGACGACGUCCGAUGAGCGUGCACAUAUUCCGGUUUCCAUCGUUCGACAUUUGCUGCAACUCCAUUUUGGCCUUUCCGCUAAAUAUGUGAGAACGUUGCAGACGCCAUUCGACAGCAUACUCCAAUUGCCAGAUGAUGUCCGUCGUUUACAUCGGGCUACGGGCGAGUAUAAGGCUGCAUUAACAGCGUUCGAUAGUCUCGUCAGGAACUUGAAAGCAUUGGACGAGCGGCUACCACUAGCAUUGCUCAACGUCAGCCCUGUGUCUGAAUACCUGCGUUAUACCUCGACAUUCGCUCCACUACCAAUCCCUGCCUCAGUUUCAGCGGAAUUACCGGAGUUCCUGCGUUUUCUUCCAACCAUCCCCAUCAUCCUCGAAUUUGAGAAGUCAUCCAAGUGGCCGGAUGAUUUAAAAGCGAUUCAGAAAAUCAAGCUCGCUUUCUUUGAAAUCAUCGCCCAGUCACUUAUGACUUCAAACCCCGGACUCAAGGUGUCAGCACUAGAAGUAUACACUGCUGAAGGCUGGUCAUUCUCUGCGUUCAUUUGGCACGAUCGAGAGGCGACUUUGCUUGACCGAAUCAUUGACCCUAGCAAGACGUUCAUCGGCCCCAGCGACCAAAAAUACAACGCGCGGGAACAACGUGAAGCCAAAGUUGCCCAGGAACUCUACACCCGGCGAUUUAUUCAUGCCCCACGUCACCAUCGUGUCAUCGCCAAUCUCUGCCACAAGUACAGUGCAUACUCUGGCACUGUCCGCCUUGUCAAACGCUGGCUUGCUGCACAUUGGCUUUUGCAAGCCCACGUCUCUGAGGAAGCCAUUGAGAUCAUUUGUGCACUACCAUUCGUCGGCAAAAAAUUGAAAUCGACAGAGAGCGCCGCUACUGUGCCUCAUAGUAAAGAACGUGGUUUCUCCCUUGUUUUAGAGUUCUUAACGGAUUGGAAGUGGGAGGAGCCCCUUUGUCUUCCGUUGUAUGAGGAUGAGUACCCGGCAACGGCACCUGAAGCGUGGACGUCAAAUGGUCCAGAUGCAGUUGCUGUCCACCGUCUUCGUGCAUUUGCUAGGGAGGCCAGCAAAGCACUUCAUAAUGCAGAGACGGGAUUGGAUAUCAAGCGUCUCUUCUUACAUUCCACCGACGACUACGAUAUUGUUAUCAAACUAAACCCUAUGGUUUUACCAAGGUACUACCAAAAUAUUAACGUGGAAUCGAGUGUUUGGACCAGAGACUCUCAUUUGGGCACAACGGAGUCGACGCCUCGCCCAGGAUUUGAUCCUCUUCCAUUGUUUCUUGCUGAUCUGCAGAGCGCGUUCGCAGAUACACUAAAAUUCUUUGCUGACCCCUUUGGAGGUGAUCGCAUUGGAGCAAUUUGGCUUCCAGGUAUGGGAGCACCCCGCCCCUUCCGUGCACUAGCAGGUUUCUCGAGUAAGCCAUUACCCAAGGAGGAUAAAGCGAAGGAAAAGGAACUUGUUAUGUUAAAUCGACAGGCUGUUCUGGACGAGAUAGGACGAUUAGGAACAGGUCUGGUCCAAAAAAUUAUCAUACAUGAAUGCGUGUAGUCGUAUGCACACAUCAUCUACAAACAAUUUAGUGAAAACGACAAUUUUACGAUAUCACAAGCUCAACAAGAA